CGCACGCAACCCAGCCUGCGACGUCGCUCCCAUGGCAACCCAAGAGCCUGCAUUUCCCGGCCCAUCUCCGAGUUCGCAGUCCUAAUUUUAGGCUGGGCCUACGCUGAGCCCACGGCACUGGGGCCGCCAAGCCACGAUGGCCAGUGAAACUCUAUGGGAAAUUGCAAGAGCUGAAGUAGAAAAAAGUGGAAGUGAAGGUGAUGGAGCUGAAAUUGGAGAAAAAUCCAUUUUCUUCAUUGGUAGUAAAAAUGGGGGAAAGACUACCAUUAUUCUGAGGUGUCUUGACAGGGAAGAGCCACCAAAACCAACCUUAGCUUUGGAAUAUACAUAUGGAAGAAGAGCAAAAGGGCAUAACAUACCAAAAGAUAUUGCUCACUUUUGGGAACUAGGUGGCGGAACCUCGUUAUUGGACUUAAUCAGCAUACCCAUCACAAGUGACACUUUACGGACAUUUUCUAUAGUUCUUGUUUUGGACCUUUCAAAACCUAAUGACCUUUGGCCUACCAUGGAAAAUCUGUUGCAAGCCACAAAAAGCCAUGUAGAUAAAGUGAUAAUGAAACUGGGGAAGACAAAUUCUAAAGCAGCUUCUGAAAUGAGACAGAAGAUACGGAGUAAUAUGCAGAAGGACCAUCCAGACCGUGAAUUAAUUGACCCAUUUCUAAUACCUCUGGUCAUAAUUGGAACUAAAUAUGAUAUCUUUCAGGAUUUUGACUCUGAGAAGAGAAAGGUAAUAUGCAAGACACUUCGAUUUGUUGCACAUUAUUAUGGAGCAUCAUUAAUGUUUACCAGUAAAUCAGAAGCUCUAUUACUAAAAAUCCGUGGAGUUAUCAACCAGUUGGCAUUUGGAAUUGACAAAAGCAAAUCAAUAUGUGUGGAUCAGAAUAAACCACUGUUUAUCACAGCAGGAUUGGAUUCCUUAAGUCAUAUAGGAUCUCCUCCUGUUCCUGGUAAUGACAUCAGAAAGCUUCAUGCAAAUUCACCAAUGGAGUUGUGGAAAAAAGUGUAUGAAAAGCUCUUUCCACCAAAGAGUAUCAACACGCUAAAAGAUAUCAAGGACCCUGCAAGAGACCCUCAGUACGCUGAAAGUGAAGUUGAUGAAAUGAGAAUUCAGAAGGAUCAGGAACUGGAACAGUACAAAAGAAGUUCUUCAAUGUCUUGGAAACAAAUUGAACUUGAUUCUUGAA